AUGCAUCAAUUCCAAAAAAAUUAUGUAUGGAAGCGAGUGUCAACUGGGAUCAAACUUGAAAAUCCUAGUUUGAGCAAUAAUCGCCAUUUAUUUUCACCCCAUGCGUACUCAGCAAACAAACCAACAAGAAAAUACUCAACCAUACCAAACAUUCCCUGUGAGAUUCCAGCUACCCAAUUGGAAUCAAAAACACAUCCAUUAGGAUGGGAGAAAAUACAAGCACAAGUUGAGCCUUAUUUCGGCAACAAUUGGAAUUUCGCUAGCGAGAAGGAGAAAAGGGGGUUUUUGGCUAUUGGGUUCUCUCGAGCCUUCAGUCACUUUUUUCCCUUGACUCUUGAUUGCCGCAUUGAAACAUCGUGUAAGGUGUUUUAUUUGACUUUGCUCAUUGAUGAUCAACUUGAGAAGAUGAGCUUUGAACAAAUGCACUCUUAUCGGGAGCGUGUAAUGAGAAUUGCGCUGGGAGCUAUGAGCCCGGAUAAACAUGUAUGUUUGGAAUGGAUGCUACACGAUACCUUCCAAAGCAUGCGCAAUAUCGACGAGGGACUGGCAGGUGAUGCUGCCCAAGGGUUUUGCCAACUUCUGCAGGCCCAGACGUCACAGGAGCGUAGUUCAAUCCAAACUCUCGGGUCGUAUCUCAAAUUCAGAGAGAUAGAUGCGGGAAAGCCAUUUGGUGCCAACUUGCGCCUCAAUCCCGCGGAACUGGAAAGACUAUCUGCUCUAGAAAGUGCUUCUUUCCGUCAUAUGGGUGUGAUUAAUGACAUAUAUAGCUGGGAGCGAGAAUGGAAAAUGCACCAAGAAAACCCAACUGAUGGUUCCCGACCACUGUCUGCCAUCUAUAUCCUUGCCAACGAAACAGGGUUACCUUUUACGGCUUGCAAGCGAUUGAUGUACAGCUACUGCCGAGAAUUGGAGCUUAUCAUCAAGCAUACUGGGGAUGAGCUCCAAGCUGAUAGCGUCAGUAAAUGGACACCAGAGAUGGAUAUGUAUUUCAAAGGGUUGGAAAGUUUUAUGCGUGGAAAUGAGCUAUGGAGUCAGUGGACUCCAAGAUAUCGGCAAUAA